CACGUUCCGAUCGCUUCCCAAGUGGACCUAUUAAAGUUGUUCUCUUCUCUUGUACACUUAGCAAGGGUGUACCUGCAGCCAUUAGUGAAAAAGUGACUUCAGUGUUAAUUUUGAGGUAGUUACAAAGUUACAAACCAUAAACAACCAAGCUAAGAAUGUCGCUCGUCAUGGAAAAGGAAAAUGUUUCCGAACACUUGGAAAAGAUUUCCAUCAAGAAUGCUCGCAAAGUGCUGACCGAAAGCGGAGCAAACGUGCCUCAAAAGAUGGACCAUCAAGACAAGGAACAAGCAAUCGACGGUUCCAUCGAGUUGGCCACCGCUCAUAAGUACGAACAGGUACCGUUCGAUCCCUCCAUUGAACCGCUGCUCAAGGACAAUCCCCGUCGGUUUGUCAUUUUCCCAAUACAGUAUCAUGACAUUUGGCAGAUGUACAAGAAGGCGGAGGCAUCCUUCUGGACAGUGGAAGAAGUAGACCUUUCGAAGGAUCUUGGCGAUUGGGAGAAGCUCAAAUCCGGGGAAAAGCACUUCAUCUCACAUGUGCUGGCCUUCUUCGCAGCUUCCGAUGGUAUCGUCAAUGAAAACCUUGUUGAACGUUUCAGCCAGGAAGUUCAGGUCACCGAGGCGCGCUGUUUCUACGGCUUCCAGAUUGCGAUGGAAAACGUACACAGUGAAAUGUACUCGUUGCUCAUCGAUACUUAUGUUCGCGAUUCUAAAGAAAGAGAUUAUUUAUUUAACGCAAUCGAUAACUUGCCCUGUGUGAAGAAGAAGGCUGACUGGGCAUUGAACUGGAUCUCGAGCAAAAAAGCCAACUUUGGAGAACGAGUGGUUGCAUUUGCCGCCGUCGAAGGUAUCUUUUUCAGUGGCAGUUUCGCAUCAAUUUUCUGGUUAAAGAAACGCGGACUGAUGCCAGGACUUACGUUCUCCAACGAGUUGAUUUCGCGCGAUGAAGGCCUCCAUACGGAUUUCGCUUGCUUGAUGUUCAGAUAUCUGGUCCAAAAACCGUCGCAGGAACGUGUGAUCGCAAUCAUCCGGGAAGCAGUCGUGAUUGAGCAAGAAUUUUUGACGAAAGCCCUACCGGUUGAUCUGCUGGGUAUGAACUGUGAUCUGAUGUCGCAAUACAUCGAAUUCGUAGCUGACCGACUAUUGCUCGAGUUGGGCAUCGAGAAGAUCUACAACACAAAGAACCCGUUCAGCUUCAUGGAGUUCAUUUCCCUCGAAGGCAAGACCAACUUCUUUGAGAAGAAGGUGGGCGAGUAUCAAAAGUGGGGUGUGAUGGCUAACCGACUUGACAACGUGUUCACACUGGACGCUGACUUCUAGGCACCAUCAAUCUAGCCCACUAACUGACGUGUUUAAAGUACGCUAACUUUAAACCAAUUUUGAUCGAUCUUCGAUGCGGACGCUGCGCAGUGAUGCGCGAUAGAGAGCUUAUAUCGGAGAAGAACGUGAUGUUGCAGGCAAUCAUUGCGACGCUCUAAAGUGAUUGUAUAUUUUUUAUGUUCACAAUUGAAAUUUUUUUUUCACUUUCACACGCGAUAACAGUUAACAGUAGAGAAAUCUUUUUAUGUGUUCAAAUCCAUUUGACUUCAAUAUAUUUAGUUUAUUGAAUCAUGAAACAAUAUUUUAUACUAAUAAGACACAUACUUAUAGUUA